AUGGCCUGCGUGGCGAUGGAAGAUGCAGAUGUGCACGUCCCGCAAGAGGACGAGGAACCAGUUUCUUCUCCACGCAGCACAAUUCAAGUCCAGUUCGGGAAGGAGGACCAACCACGAGACCGCCUCAGUCUGAGCAACGGCCAGCUAUCGGCAGUCUUGGCACAACAUCAUCGGGAGCUCAUCCGAAAGCUCGAAGUUCAGGAUGACAUCCUGAGCCAGAUCUUGAUCAAGUGUGUGCGUGACAGCUCGCACGAGGUCAAAUCCGCCCCGCAGAGUCCUUCCCGAGCAUUGUCUGCGCAGACGACGGAUAUGGAGGGUAUUUCGGCCAUGUCGAACUGCUCGGAGGAUGGGGCCAUGAAGCCGAUGCCAACCAAAGCGACGAGCGACGACUUGCUGCCAGAUUCCGCGAGCGAAGCGGAGUAUGUUCUUCGCAAACGCCCCAGCGUGCAGUUCUCGGAACGCAGCUCGCGGCGUUCCCCAACCCCUCGAAGUUCCUUCACGCCCAAACUGUUCAGCACGUUUUCGCAAGCAGACUUGAAGCUGAGGGAAAGCGCCGACAAUGCGCAGGGGAUCAACUGCAGAAGAAAGUUUUCAACUGCCAAGGGAGUCAGCCUGGGGCACAUGCGUCUUCCGCAGAGCUGCUGGCAAAGCCUGGUCAACCACCCUCUGUUCGACUGGUUCUUUGCAAUGGUGGUCCUUUUGAACGCCAUCUUCAUUGGGGUUGACGUGCAACUGAGCAUCGGAAGUAUGGAAGUUCGGCCAGUGUUCAUUCAGGUGCUACAGUACUGCUUUACCACACUCUUCACGGUCGAGCUCAUACUGCGAUUUAUAGCGAAUGGAGUGCACCUCUUCUGCCAAGAGGACUGGAUGUGGAGCCUGCUUGAUGUCUUUAUUGUGGCAACUUCCCUUUGGGAGAUCGUAGUUGACGUCGUGACUGCCCUCGAGGCCGUGGAUUCCAACGUCGACAAGAUCGCUGGCGUUUCGAGCUUGAAAGUCUUCCGUAUCAUUCGCAUCACGCGCAUCGUGAAGACAAUACAGCUGAUGCGCGUCUUCCGAUUCGUCAUGGCCUUUCGGACGCUGAUCUCGUCCAUCAUCCACACCUUGAAGGCACUCUUCUGGGCGUUGAUCUUGCUGCUGAUGAUCGUGUACGUAUUUGCGGUCUUGUUCACACAGGCUGUGAACGCUCACAUCUACGACCCGGAGGUGACCGUGCUGUCCACAAGCAGUUUGGAGAACUCCUUGAAAUAUUUUGGCUCACUUCCUGAAACGAUGCUGAGUUUGUUCAUGGCCAUUGCGAAUGGAGUUAGCUGGGAAGAGAUCUUGAAUCCCCUGCGGGCGAUUUCAAGCGCUUGGGUCUUUCUAUUUCUCUUCUAUGUGGCGUUUACGUAUUUCGCUGUGCUAAAUGUCGUAACUGGGGUGUUCUGCCAGUCAGCAAUCGACAGCGCCCAAAAUGAUCAUGCCACGCUCGUGCAAUCCAUGCUGGCCAACAAGGAAGCGCACUUGCACGAAAUAAGAGCCUUGUUCAGCAAGCUGGGUGCGACGGACUCUGGUGUUAUCACUUACGCAAUGUUUGAGGAGAAGAUUGACUCACCCGCCGUGCGUGAGUACUUCGAAACCCUUGGGCUGGAUGUUUGGGAUGCUUGGUCCUUCUUCAAAUUGCUGGAUCUCGAUGGAGGUGGAGCUGUCGAGAUCGAGGAAUUUUUUAAAGGGUGUCUUCGGUUGCGGGGGCAGGCGCGGGCAGUGGACAUCGGCAAGAUAAUGCAUGACCAGACAUGGCUCAUUAAGAGCCAGGGUCGAUUUCACACGUACAUGGAGUCGGAGCUGAACUUCAUGAAGCGCGAGCUUGCAGCGCUGAGACUAAUGUCAGGUGGCACGAGUGAGCAGUCGCCAAGAACCCUGCUGGGCAACAGCCAGUCGCCCCAAAACAAAAAAUUGAGACACAAGCCCAGCUUGCAUGAUCUGAAAGAGUGA